UCUGGACCGCGCUCCGCCUCCGCCUCCGCCUCCCUCCACCGCGGCCCAACUUGCAUGGAGUUGGGGUCCUGAGGAGCGCCCCGCCUCGCCACGAGCCUCUCCGCGCCGCGAUGGGAAAAGUUGGCGCCAGCAGCGGCCCGGCCGGCUGGGGCGCACUGCUGGCCGCGGGGCUGCUGCUCCUGAACGCCGCCAGCUCCGCGCCGCCCCCUGGCCCGGCCCCGCGCCCUGUCCUGGCCGUGGCCCCCGGGCACCGCGCGCUGGCCCUGGAGCGGGCCUGGGGCUCGGGGGCGGCGGCGGGGCCCGGGCGCUCUGGCCGGAGCAGACGGAGCGGGUCGGACGCGGAGGAGGCCGGCGGCGGCGGGGACGCGGGCGGGAGCCCCGGGGCCGCGCGCAAGGACGGGGCAGCCGAGCCCGGGGCCGGGCAGUCGGACCCGCGCGGGGCGCCCCGCUUCCGGACGGAGGAGCUGAGGCUGAGCAGCACCACUUUCGCGCUGGCCGGGGACUCCGCGCACAACCAAGCCAUGGUGCACUGGUCCGGGCACAACAGCAGCGUGAUUCUCAUUCUGACAAAGCUGUAUGACUAUAACCUGGGCAGCAUCACCGAGAGCUCACUGUGGAGGUCAACCGAUUACGGGACAACUUAUGAGAAGCUGAAUGAUAAAGUGGGUUUGAAGACAAUUUUGAGCUAUCUCUAUGUGUGUCCUACCAACAAACGUAAGAUCAUGCUGCUCACAGACCCAGAGAUUGAGAGCAGCGUAUUGAUCAGCUCCGACGAAGGGGCCACCUAUCAGAAGUACCGGCUGAACUUCUACAUUCAGAGCCUGCUCUUCCACCCGAAACAGGAAGACUGGAUUCUGGCCUACAGUCAGGACCAGAAGCUCUACAGCUCUGCUGAAUUUGGGAGAAGAUGGCAGCUUAUCCAGGAAGGGGUGGUGCCGAACAGGUUCUACUGGUCCGUGAUGGGGUCGAACAAGGAACCAGACCUGGUGCAUCUUGAGGCCAGAACCAUGGACGGUCAUUCACAAUAUCUAACUUGCAGAAUGCAGAACUGCACUGAAACCAACAAAAAUAAACCUUUCCCGGGCUACAUCGACCCAGACUCUCUGAUUGUCCAGGAUGACUAUGUGUUUGUUCAGCUGACAUCGGGGGGAAGACCACAUUACUAUGUGUCCUACCGAAGGAACGCCUUUGCACAAAUGAAGCUUCCGAAAUACGCCCUGCCCAAGGACAUGCACGUCAUCAGCACAGAUGAGAACCAAGUGUUUGCAGCUGUCCAAGAGUGGAACCAGAAUGACACAUACAAUCUCUACAUCUCAGACACACGGGGCAUCUACUUCACCCUGGCCUUGGAGAAUGUCCAGAGCAGCAGAGGCCCUGAGGGCAAUGUCAUGAUUGACCUCUAUGAGGUAGCAGGGAUAAAGGGAAUGUUCUUGGCUAACAAGAAGAUUGACCAGCAAGUGAAGACUUUCAUCACAUACAACAAAGGCCGCGACUGGCGCUUGCUGCAGGCACCGGACACAGACCUCAGGGGAGUCGCCGUGCACUGUCUGCUGCCCUAUUGCUCACUGCACCUUCACCUGAAGGUCUCUGAGAAUCCCUACACAUCUGGGAUCAUUGCCAGCAGAGAUACAGCUCCAAGCAUCAUAGUUGCUUCAGGUAAUACAGGUUCGGAAUUGUCCGACAACGACAUCAGCAUGUUUGUCUCUUCAGAUGCAGGGAACACUUGGAGGCAGAUCUUUGAAGAAGAGCACAGUGUCUUGUACCUUGAUCAAGGCGGAGUCCUGGUUGCUAUGAAACACACGUCUCUCCCGAUUCGACAUCUUUGGUUGAGUUUCGAUGAAGGGAAUUCCUGGAGCAAAUACAGUUUCACUUCCAUUCCGCUCUUUGUGGACGGGGUCCUGGGGGAGCCCGGAGAAGAGACUCUGAUCAUGACAGUGUUUGGGCACUUCAGCCACCGCUCUGAGUGGCAGCUGGUCAAAGUCGACUACAAGUCCAUUUUCGACAGACGGUGUGCCCAGGAGGACUACAGACCGUGGAAGUUACACAGCCAGGGAGAGGCAUGCAUCAUGGGAGCCAAAAGGACAUACAAGAAGCGGAAAUCAGAGCGGAAGUGUAUGCAGGGGAAAUACGCAGGAGCCAUGGAAUCGGAACCCUGUGUCUGCACAGAGGCGGAUUUUGACUGUGACUAUGGCUAUGAGAGGCACAGCAACGGGCAGUGCCUGCCUGCCUUCUGGUUCAAUCCAUCCUCUCUGUCAAAGGACUGCAGUGUCGGGCAGAGCUACCUGAACAGCACUGGGUACAGAAAGGUGGUGUCCAAUAACUGCACAGACGGAGUGAGAGAGCAGUACACUGCCAAACCCCAGAAGUGUCCCGGCAAGGCCCCUCGAGGGCUGCGGAUCAUCACUGCCGACGGGAAGCUGACAGCAGAACAAGGCCACAACGUCACCCUGCUGGUGCAGCUGGAGGAGGGUGACGUCCAGAGGACGCUCAUCCAGUUGGACUUCGGUGAUGGCAUUGCGGUGUCUUACGUCAACCUGAGCUCCAUGGAGGAUGGCAUCAAGCACGUGUACCAGAACGUGGGCAUCUUCCGAGUGACCGUGCAGGUGGACAACAGGCUGGGGUCCGCCAGCGCCGUGCUGUACUUACAUGUAACUUGUCCCCUGGAGCACGUGCACCUUUCCCUUCCCUUCGUUACCACAAAGAACAAAGAGGUCAACGCGACGGCAGUGCUGUGGCCCAGCCAGGUGGGAACCCUCACCUACGUGUGGUGGUACGGAAACAACACGGAGCCCUUGAUCACCUUGGAGGGAAGCAUAUCGUUCAAGUUCACUUCAGAGGGAAUGAACACCAUCACAGUGCAGGUCUCCGCUGGGAAUGCCAUCCUGCAGGACACGAAGACCAUCGCAGUGUAUGAGGAGUUCCGCUCCCUCCGCCUGUCCUUUUCUCCAAACCUGGACGACUACAACCCGGACAUCCCCGAGUGGAGGCGGGACAUCGGCCGUGUCAUCCAAAAGUCCCUGGUGGAGGCUACUGGAGUCCCGAGCCAGCACAUCCUGGUGGCCGUGCUGCCUGGCCUGCCCACUGCUGCGGAGCUCUUUGUUUUGCCCUAUGAGGACCCAGCGGGAGAGAGUGGGAGGUCCCCAGAGGGCCUGGAGCAGAUAUCAGAAGUCCUGAUCCACAAGCUCAACCAGAACUCCGUGCACUUCGAGCUGAAGCCUGGGGUCCAAGUUCUGGUCCACGCAGCUCACUUGACAGCAGCCCCCCUGGUGGACCUCACCCCGACCCACAGUGGAUCCGCCAUGCUGAUGCUGCUCUCCGUGGUGUUCGUGGGCCUGGCUGUGUUCGUCAUCUACAAGUUUAAGAGGAAGAUCCCGGGAAUUAAUGUUUAUGCCCAGAUGCAGAAUGAGAAGGAACAAGAGAUGCUCAGUCCAGGCAGUCACACUGAAAGCAGGCCCGGUGUCCCUCACACUGAACUGAGGAGGCCUGGUCAGCUUGUAGAUGAGAAGGUGCAGCCACAGCUCAUAGGAACAUCUCGAAGUACGUUACCGUCUCUGACACCUUUCCAUUUCCAGUGUCAUUAAAUGAGUAAGUGUCACACGUUUUCUCUUAGGAGAGUAGCUUUACCCUCCCCUCCUUCCCCUUCUACUCAACCUGGUGACUCAUCUCUCCGAUUGCAAAGAGCAAGACACGCCACUCCACCUUCAACGCCAAAGCGGGGACCUGCUGGGGCACAAUUUGCAAUUUAAGGAGAACCCCAAAGGCUGCAGGCGACCUGCCAAUCAGUCGGGAAAGAGUUUCGCAAUUGUCAAGUGCAUCAUCCUCAUGACCACUAACUUUAUGUUUUUUUUUCUUUCCUUUGUUGUUCUGUUUCCUAUUUUGCCAGGAAGUAUUUCCAUAGUUGCUGAGAAUCAAAGCACAAAAGAAAUCCCUACCUAUGUAAAUGUUUGAAUGGAGGACGCCAGUAAAAACAAACAAAACAAAAAAUAAAAUAAAAAAACAAAAUCCAAACAAACAAACAAACAUUCACUGCAUCGGGACUUUUUAAUUCUUCAGACACAGACUGCAAGGGUUUUUAGCUUUAAGCCUGUGCAUGUGGACACUAACUUGAGAACAUGUUUGGAGGGGCAGUAUACAGGUGCUCUAUUUUAAUGGAAAACACUCCUCUCUCCCUUUCUUCUCUUUUUUCUGAUCAGUCGUGUUUGUAGAAAAUUCAUAACAUAUAUAGGCCAAGGAAAUCUGCAUGCAUUUUUGGAAAUAUUCUUGGCUCUAGAUUUAACAGUUAUUUUAGCACUGCAGGCUGAGGGGUGGAUUAGCCAUCCCCGGCCUUUCCAUAAGACAUGCACAGGAGUCUGAAACCCUGAGCCGUUUCUCCGUUCCACCAUCCUUAGGGUCAUUUUCCCUUCUAACUUAGCUUUGGAAGCCCUGUUUGUCAGCAGUGGCCACAGGCUGAUCUCUCUCUACAUUCUCUGUGGCCGCAGGGACAAAGUUGUGAGUUGAAGAUCCGUGUAUGAGGUACAACAGGGAGGGAAGACAGCAGGGAAACAGCAUGUCAGCAAUGGACUGUUGUUUCCCAUCCAACUUUCCUCCUUGCAGUUUUCCUUACUCUUAUCCCACAUGAUGUAGAAAACGGUAUUUUUCCAGUAGUUAACCAUUGUUUUCCCUUCCCUUUGGCUUGCCAUUCGUGCGUGGCCAUGAUCUGUUGAUGUCUUCAAAUCUUUUUCCUCCAAUCCCCAAGUUAUCCCUCAAGUGUUGCGACUUUUUCUUCCCAAACAUGUUGCUAGAUUUACAACAUGGACGCUGACAUUUGCUAAGUACUGGCCUAGCUUCUGCCAACCCUGACCUUCCACUCACAAGUCUUGAUCGCUGUCAGUUCUGUACACGGCCAAGCAUGCCAGACUCCCUGCACUCUGACCAAACUGCAUCCUGCCCAGCAGGGAUCAGUUCCAUGGACCCUCUGUCUUCCUCUAGAGCUGACUUUCCCAAUUACCCCUACCUUUUCCCACCUGGAAACAUUCAGUGUGUGUGAAAGUUGACAUGUGCAAAGCAACGCAAAUCCGGCUAUGUACUUUGGCAUACAGAUCAAUAGCAGUGUUCUCACACAUUAACAAAAAUUCUGUGCCAUCAGAUUCUGGAAGACUUGUGAGAUACGUUAUGAAUGUAUAACAAUAUUGCAGGGGAAUUUCUUUCUGUGAUAGUUGCUGUUGCCCAAUAUUCCUCUCUUAGCGUAGACGAAAAAUAUUUGUGAAAUAAAACUGAUUUUAACAGGA